UAAACACAAACAUGUGGCUUGUAAAGGGCAUUCUCAAUGACCAUCAUGCAAGACAUAAAAGUAGAAUGUUGACGGGAUAAGUUACACCAAAACUUCAAGUGCCGAAUGUGCAACAGCAACGCUGAGAGAGAGAGAGAGAGAGAGAGAGAGAGCGAAAGAGAGCCGGGAAGAGGGAGGGAGGGAGAGAGAGAGAGCUAUAUUCUUCAUGGUGCACUUUGCGGUGGGGUAGGGAGGGAGAAAAGAGGGGAGAGGGGACCACGCAUAUGCUGGUAGAUCGCUUAUCGGAGAUCUCAAAGUCCGCCUCUCUCCCGUGCGAUCUACCUCUCUUCGGACCUGACAUGGAUGUUACGCUUGGAUAUGUUUUCUUUUUUGUUUUAUUGCGGUUACAACACAUGAACGGUUUAUAUCUCACCAAUACUAUAGAAUCCCUUCAGCAUAAGCUCAGGGACUACGGCCUGGUGCGGCCGGUCAGCACAGAUGCCCACGGCCGCUUCCUCACUCACGCCGUCUCAGCUGGGCAGCUCAGGGAGCAGCUGCCGGCCCGGCGGCGCAGGAGGAGGGAUGCCGAGGGUCAGGCCGAUGCCCACGGGCACACGGAGACGCUGUUCUACAACGUCACCGUGUUCGGCCAGGAGCUCCACAUGCAGCUGCGCCUCAACUCACGCCUGGUUGCCCCGGGAGCCACGGUGGAGUGGCACGACGAUGGCAACGGGACGCGCUACGAGCCGCUUCUGCCCAGUGACUGCUUAUAUGUGGGCCACGCCACAAAUGUGCCCGACACAGCGGUGGCUAUCAGCAACUGUGAUGGCUUGGCGGGGAUGAUCCGUGCUGGGCAGGAGGAGUUUUUCAUUGAGCCCUUGGAGAGAGGAGGUGUGCUGACAGGAGAGGAACAUGGAGGUCCUGGUCGCCGCCAUAUUGUGUACCGCUCCUCUGACAUCAACAGGCCAGAUGUCGCUCCAGCCGCCGGCUCUCACCCUAAAGUGGUGGGCCCCGACCUGAGUGGUCCCGGCGACCUUGAAGUGCUCUCCCGAGGACUCUUGGAGAAGGUGAAUCAAACCAGACGUGUGCGCAGGGCUCUGGAAGAAGAAGUGUUCAACAUCGAAGUGCUCUUAACGGCUGACUUCUCUGUGGUCGACUUCCAUGGCAGGGAACACAUCCAGAAGUAUCUGCUUACUCUUAUGAACAUAGUGAAUGAGAUUUACCAAGAUCAUACUCUGGGUGCUCAUAUUAAUGUGGUGCUCGUCCGGAUUGUUAUACUUGGCUACUCUCAGUCCGUGAGUCUUAUCGAGCUGGGGAACCCGUCCAAGAGCUUGGAGAGGGUGUGCCAGUGGGCCUUCCUGCAGCAGAAGCGGGACAAGAGUGAUGUAGAGUAUCACGACCAUGCCAUCUUCCUCACCCGCCAGGACUUUGGUCCUACUGGCAUGCAGGGGUUCGCCCCCGUGACCGGAAUUUGCCACCCUGUGCGUAGCUGUACCCUCAACCAUGAGGACGGCUUUUCCUCAGCCUUCGUGGUGGCCCAUGAGACCGGACAUGUGCUGGGCAUGGAGCAUGACGGCGAGGGCAAUGACUGUGAGGAUGAGGUGCCAAUGGGUAGCAUCAUGGCCCCUCUGGUCCAGGCAGCCUUCCAUCGCUUCCACUGGUCGCGCUGCAGUCGCGAGGAGCUCCACAAGUACCUGAAUACCUAUAACUGUCUCCGGGACGAUCCCUUCGAUCACAACUGGUCUGACUCGGGCCGGCCAGGACUGCCAGGCCUCCAUUACUCCAUGAAUGACCAGUGCCGCUUUGACUUUGGGCUGGGCUUCAUGAUGUGCAGUGAGUACAGCACCUACGACCCCUGCAAGCAGCUCUGGUGCAGCCAUCCUGAAAACCCCUUCUUCUGCAAGACCAAGAAGGGCCCACCCAUCGAUGGCACCAGGUGCGGAUCAGGCAAGCACUGCUUCAAAGGGCAUUGCAUCACCCUGACGCCAGACAUCUUGAGGCAGGAUGGGAGCUGGGGUCAGUGGAGCAAAUUUGGCUCCUGUUCUCGCACCUGUGGCGGUGGGGUGCGCUUCCGCACUCGGCAGUGUGACAACCCAAUCCCUGCCAAUGGAGGACGCACCUGCUACGGCAACAGCUAUGAAUUUCAACUCUGCAGCAUGGAGGAGUGUGCUAAAGUCCUGGCUGACUUCAGAGAAGAGCAAUGCAAGAUGUGGGACCCCUACUUCAAGCAUCAGAACACCCUCCACCACUGGCUACCAUAUGAGCAUGCUGACCCGGAUGAACGUUGCCAGCUUUACUGUCAGUCAAACGAGACGGGAGAUGUGGUCCCAAUGAAAAGAAUGGUGCAUGAUGGGACGCGUUGCUCCUACAAGGAUCCCUACAGUAUCUGCGUGCGUGGGGAAUGUGAGAAAGUGGGCUGUGAUUGUGUCAUCGCCUCAGAGGUGGAGGAGGACAAGUGUGGGGUCUGUGGAGGGGACAACUCCACCUGUAAGAUUGUCAAAGGCAACUUCACCCGAAGCACCAAGAAAGAGGGCUUCCUCAAGAUCCUGGAAAUCCCUCUGGGGGCUAGGCAUCUGCUGAUCCGAGAGUUCAAGGGGACCCCUCAUAUACUAGCGGUAAAGAAUCAGGCCACGGGCGAUGUGUUCCUGAAUGAUGAGGAUGACUUCCCCGAGUCUCGGACCGUCAUAGAGAAAGGAGUGGAGUGGGAGUACCAGAAUAAUGAUGACAUGGAACUGGUGCAGACUUCAGGGCCUCUAAAAUAUGCUGUCCUCGUAAUGGUACGAUCAUUUGGCGAUUCCAAAGUCACUCUCUCCUACAAGUACAUCCUGCAUGAGGGCCUUCAGUCAUCCAUCGAGAAUAACCUUCUCCUGGAGGACACAGCCUACUUUGAGUGGGCGCUGAGGAAGUGGUCCCACUGUUCCAAACCCUGUGGGGGAGGUAAGCAGUACACGCGCUUCGGCUGCAGACGAAAGGCAGACGGAAAGAUGGUCCACCGCACGUACUGCUCAAAUAUUCCCAAACCCCGCGCCAUCGGCCGAGUGUGUAAUGUGAAGGAAUGCUCCCAACCCAUCUGGGAGACGGGAGAGUGGGAGGACUGUAGCCGGACGUGCGGUAAGACGGGGUACCAGAUGCGCAGUGUCCGCUGUUUGCAGCCCCAGGCAGACGGCACGCGGCGCUUCAUCCACAGCAAGUUCUGCAACGACGACCGACCCGAGAGCAGGCAGCCCUGCAACCGCCAGCUCUGCCCUGCACAGUGGAGAGCUGGACCCUGGUCCUUGUGUUCAGUGACGUGUGGGAAUGGAACCCAGGAGAGGCAGGUUCAGUGUAAUUCGGCUGAUAAUGCAGAAGGACAGUGCUUGGAGCCCAAACCAGGCACCAUCAGACCUUGCCAUCCUAUCCCAUGCCCCAAUCAAACAAGAAACUUCAUAAUCCAGUGGCUCUCCAGACCCGACCCGAAGGUUUCUGCACCCAAGACCUCCUCAAGGCAGAGCUGUAAGACGGAUAAGUCUGUCUUCUGUCGAAUGGAGAUGCUGAGCAAGUACUGCUCCAAUCAAGUGUACAAGCAGAUGUGCUGUAAAUCCUGCAACGAUGGGAACUUUAGUGCCACCAACUGGAGCCUCACCACCACCCCAGCUCAUGUCAACCGCACAUACACCAGCUCCCCAUCCCCAGCCUACACCUUGGAUUCUUUUGAUCCCACUGAAGACUAUUUCCCUCUUAUCCCCAUAACCAGUGCGUACAGGACAACAGUGAGUACCACUGACCUCUUCAGUAUGAAAAGACACACAACAGCAAGCCCUACAACCACUUCAGAGGAGACUACAUUUCCCAUAAGCACUAGCACCGAAGGGGAUACCAUUGAUAGUACCACUUCAGGACCAAGAACAACUUCCUCAACUCCCAGGCCUGUUGUCCCCACAUCCUGGCUUGAUGUGAUUAGGUCCUGGAGUCCCACCACUAACCCCCCUGCCAAGCCCAGGGCCGAGACGAGCCAGCAGCCUCCCGAAAAGACCACGCAGCUAACAGUCACAAGUUCGCCCCACACUCCUGUGCCCCCGAAGUCAAACGACAGGAGAGACAAUAACUCCGUCGACGUGUCAUACCAGAUUGUUGAUGUUGACAAUGAGGUUUCUCCGAAUGUCUUUAUUCUCAGGAAACGACCUCAUCCAUUCCAAGAGAGAACGCAGAAUAAACGGAUUCAACAGCUUCUGGCAGAGAAGAGGAGGCAGGACUUGUUCAAAUUGCUGAGAAGGAGACCACCAGUGCAAUAGAUUCUUGGCGUUUUAUCUCUUAGAGACAUUUUUUCCAAAUUGUAGUCUUUAUGUCAAGAUCACAUUUCAGCUCUCCUGAUAAGAUCCCUCCGGUUUCAUGGCUACUGUUGUUGACUAGCCGGCUACUGACCAGCUAAAUCCAGUGGAUAACAAUGACUGCAACAUGGUUGAAUUGAAAAGGUUCUCGUUUAGGAAUAUGAAAGACAUGUUCACAUUAACAUUUACAAGUAAACAAUGUUUGAAGGGUAAAGCCAGCUUGCAAAAUAUGCACUUUUUUAACCUUUAAGGAUAUUUUAAAAUAUGCAACUAUCCAUUUCAGUUCAGGAAGAGGGAGAAGUAAGAUUGCACAUUGUUACGAACCAAUUUAGCUUAACUUCCAUUUUGACAGCACUGUGAAUUUUACACAGUGAAUUUUACACAGUGAUAUUUAAAAGAUACAGUGAGCACACCUUUUGUUCCACGUUGUUUUCAUGCAAUCUGUAGAAUGAAAUAUCCUAUCAUAGCUUUUACAAGCAAGGCUGCUUAUAUCCUGAAAAAUCACAAUUCUUUGCUAUUGCAUCCUGUGGAAUGGUCCUUGCACAUCUUUCUAAGCUGCUUCUGGAUAAUAUUGUAAGUAGCUUAUCUGUGGUCUUGGGUUUUAUACUGUGGCAAAAAUCAGGUCUUGAUGAAAAUGUUGUAUAUGUGGACUAAAAUGUUCUCCAGCCAACACUGUGGCAAGCUCUCAAGAACCCAAAAUGUGGUAUUAAUAAUUAAAAAAUUACAUCGCCAUCCUUGACUUUGUACAUAUGGUUUAGAUUUUUAUUUUUUAUAUUUAUUGAACUGUCUGUUGCAUUAUCUUCACAUUAUCAUUGCAGCUUACCUCAGAGUUUCCAUUUUUGCUACGGAAUGGCAGACUGUUGAAUGCUUUUACAAUAUGCAGGUGCCUGCAGCAUGAGCAGUAUCUCAGCACAGACCAUCACAAGUGUCCUUUACAUUAUUCACACCCACUCUUAAAAAAGAAAACAUGAAGAGAUAAAAAGUGACUUUUUUAUAUUAAUUUAAUAAAUUUGCAAUUGAAAUAAU